AAUAGUAGAAAACAAGGCUUGUAAUUAGCUUCUAGAGAAAAGAAGCAUAAACUAACCUUCUACUGGGAUUUUGUUACCAUUUCAAGUUUUCUCCAAAUGGUGAGUGAGUGACAAAGUUCUCUCCAUAAAAAAAUGGAUAUUGAGAAAACAGAAUUAGAAGCUUUUUUUUGUUUUUUCUGUUUUCAUUUUGAUCACACAACAAGACAACUACAAGUCAAGUCCACACAUCAACAACAACAACAACAACAAAAACAAGAAACAGUAGAUUCACCUUCUUGUCUUAAAAUCACUACUUCAUUGUUGUUUGUUAUCUUUCUCUUGUUGUUUUUUACUGCCACCCCGGUAACUUCAGCACAAAAAAUCCGAAAAGAGCACCAAGUUUUUCGGGCGAAAGAAGAACUUAAUAAGAUGAAGCUAGUUAAAGCCCAUCUCAUGAAGAUUAACAAGCCUUAUGUCAAAUCAAUUCAGAGCCCAGAUGGUGAUGUAAUAGAUUGCGUCUUGACUCAUCAUCAGCCAGCAUUUGAUGAUCCUAUGUUAAAUGGAACAAAACCAAUGGAUCCACCAGAAAGACCAAAUGACCAUGAUCAACUAGAAGUAACCUUUGAAAAUCAUCAGUUGUGGAGUUUAUCAGGUGAUUCAUGUCCACAAGGAACAAUUCCAAUCAGAAGGACAAGUGAGCAAGACAUUCUAAGAGCUAAUUCGAUUAAAAAAUUUGGUCGAAAAAUUCCAAGACCAGUUAAAAGGGACACUUCUAGCUAUGGCCAUGAGCAUGCAGUUGGGUAUGUAAGUGGAAAUAAAUACUAUGGAGCAAAAGCAAGCAUAAAUGUGUGGGCUCCAAAGGUGACUAAUCGAUAUGAAUUCAGUCUCUCACAAAUGUGGGUUAUUUCUGGUUCUUUUGGCAACGAUCUCAACACUAUUGAAGCUGGUUGGCAGGUUAGCCCAGAACUAUAUGGUGACUACUAUCCUAGAUUCUUCACUUAUUGGACUACCGAUGCAUAUCAAACAACGGGAUGCUACAAUUUGCUGUGUUCGGGAUUUGUACAAACAAAUAAUAGGAUUGCAAUCGGAGCAGCUAUAUCUCCGAGGUCUGUAUACAAUGGAGGACAGUUUGAUAUCAGUUUGUUAAUAUGGAAGGAUCCUAAGCAUGGAAAUUGGUGGCUGGAAUUUGGGAAGGGUACUCUAGUCGGGUACUGGCCUGCAUCGCUAUUCACUCAUCUCCGCGAUCAUGCAAGUAUGGUUCAAUUUGGAGGAGAAAUUGUGAAUAGUCGGGCUUCGGGCUCACAUACUUCAACCCAAAUGGGAAGUGGGCAUUUUUCGGGUCUAGGAUUUGGUAAAGCUUCUUAUUUUAGGAAUAUGCAAGUGGUGGAUUGGGAUAAUAGCCUAAUCCCUUUGUCUAAUUUUAAGAUACUAGCAGAUCAUCCAAAUUGUUAUGAUAUUAGAGGUGGGAUUAACAGAGUUUGGGGUAAUUAUAUAUAUUACGGUGGGCCCGGUAAGAAUCCUAGGUGUCCGUGACAGAUACGUGGUAUUUUGGUAUUGGUUAUAAGUAUAUCAAAGGGUGAACAAAGUUUUGAAAUUUUGGUUUUAGUCUAGUUUUUAUUAUAGGAUGUUGGUUUUUUUAUAAUGUGUUAGGGUUAUUGCUUUUCUAACACAGAAUUGAUUAAUGAUAGUGUUGUAAUCAAAUCAGAAUAUUAUGUAAAUCUAAAGUUUUGAGUUCUAUAUAGCUUAUAUAAUGGUUUGAGUAUAAGAGUAUGAAUCA